GUCACUGUGACUCAGAGAGAAAAUGGAGCAGCAGGCAGUUCAGCUGGACCGGGAAACUUUCUCCUGUCCGAUCUGUUUGGAUCUACUGAAGGAACCAGUGGGUAUACCUUGUGGACACAGCUACUGUAUGAACUGUAUUAAAGAUCACUGGGAUAAAGAGGAUCAGAAAGGAGUUCACAGCUGUCCACAGUGCAGAAAAGCCUUUACACUGAGGCCUGACCUGGAGAAAAACACCAUGCUAGCAGCUUUAGUGGGGCAACUGAAGAAGACUGGACUCCAAGCUGCUGCUGCUGAUCUCCGUUCUGCUGGACCUGAAGAUGUGGCCUGUGAUUCCUGCACUGGAAGAAAACUGAAAGCCAUCAAGUCCUGUUUAGUCUGUCUGGCCUCUUACUGUGAGAAACACCUUCAGCCUCAUUAUGAUGUGGCUCCUUUAAAGAAACACAAGCUGGUGGAGCCGUCCAAGAACCUCCAGGAGAACAUCUGCUCUAAGCAUGAUGAGGUGAUGAAGAUGUUCUGCCGCACUGAUCAGACGUUUAUCUGUAGUCUCUGUUUACUGGAUGAACAUAAAGGUCAUGACACAGUGUCAGUUGCAGCAGAAAGGACUGAGAGGCAGAGAGAGCUGGAGGAGAGACGAGGAAACAUCCAGCAGAGAAUCCAGGACAGAGAGAAAGAUGUGAAGCUGCUUCAACAGGAGGUGGAGGCCAUCAAUCACUCUGCUGAUAAAACAGUGGAGGACAGUGAGAAGAUCUUCACUGAGCUGAUCUGUCUCCUCCAGAAAAGAAGAUCUGAUGUGAAGCAGCAGAUCAGAUCCCAGCAGGAAACUGAAGUGAGUCGAGUCAAAGAUGUUCAGGAGAAGCUGGAGCAGGAGAUCACUGAGCUGAAGAGGAAAGACGCUGAGCUGGAGCAGCUCUCACACACAGAGGAUCACAACCAGUUUCUCCUCAACUACCCCUCACUGCCAGCACUCAGUGAGUCUACACACUCAUCCAGCAUCAACAUCCGUCCUCUGAGACACUUUGAGGACGUGGCAGCAGCUGUGUCAGAGCUCAGAGAGAAACUACAGGACGUCCUGAGAGACUCAUGGACAAACAUCUCACUGAUGGUCACUGAGGUGGAUGUUCUACUGUCAGAACCAGAACCAGAACCAGAACCAACGACAAGGGCUGGAUUCUUAAAAUAUUCAUGUGAAAUCACAAUGGAUCCAAACACAGCUCACACUUAUCUAAAGCUAUCAGAGGGAAAGAGGAAGGUGACAGUGAUGGAUCAACAUCAGUCUUAUCCAAGUCACCCAGACAGAUUCACUGAUUACUGUCAGGUUCUGAGUAAAGAGAGUUUAACUGGAUGUAGUUACUGGGAGGUGGAGUGGAGAGGGAGUGAAAUUUAUGUAGCAGUUGCAUACAACAAUAUCAAAGCAGGAAGUGGGAAUGAAUGUAAAUUUGGAGGUAAUGACAAAUCCUGGGCUUUGAAGUGUUCCCAAAAAGGUUAUCAAUUUGGCCACAAGAACAUCUGGACCUCCAUCUCAGGUCCUCGUUCCUCCAGAGUCGGAGUGUACCUGGAUCACAGAGCAGGUAUUCUGUCCUUCCACAGCGUCUCUGGAUCCAUGACUCUGAUCCACAGAGUCCAGACCAGAUUCACUGAGCCGCUACACGCUGGAGUUUGGAUUUGGAACAUUGGAAACUCUGCAGAGUUCUGUAAACCCAAAUAAAUUUUUGUUCAGAUUGUUGACUGGGAUUUAUUGUACUGAUGUCUCUUUUUAGCCUUUAUGUUGUUAUUUUAUUUUCUUUACUUAGUCUAAUUUAAAUUGAAAGAAAAUUCUAAAAAAUACAUAAAUAUGUUGUGCCUACAACUGUGUGGAACUGCACUCCACACAGACAACAGGGCCAGUGGAAUAAAACUCUGAAUCCCAGAAUGCACCUCACCAACUCCUUUUCAGUUUCUAGGAGCAGCAAGAGGAGGAAUUGCACUGUGUGAAUACAUGACAACAUGUUUUUACAAAACCCCCUUCCUGAAGGAAAUCAGGUUUUUUUGCACACGAUUGCUGCAUUGGAAGGAACAUUUUCUUAGGUCAACAAAGUGAAGUAAAGCAUCUUUGAAGAAACUCUGGAUCCAACGUAAAUAUUCAGUAAUCUGUGUCUGUAUUCCGGUCAAGGAAUACGAUUUGAUCCUGAAUUAUGUGGAAGUGAUUUUGGAAAAUAUGUUUGACAAUAUGGACAAUGAAUUGCUUUACGUUACCUACCGUAGGAAUAUCCAGAAGUUGAUCAGAAACUUUUAAAGCUGGCACAUGAUGGAAAAGUAUUGAAGUCCAGCCAGGUAUCCAGUUGAAUUCCUUCUGCAAAGGACAUAUCAAAACGUUAUUGCUGGUGGACUGAUCAUCAUACUACACUGAACUGCUAAAAUCAAUUUUACAGACAUGUAAACAACACUCUUUGAAAGAGAAAACAUGUUUACAUUUUUUAUUUUGAUGAUAAAACACUUUAUGUUAAACCAUACAGAUAUUUUAUUUUUUGUCACAAGCUUGGCAGGCAAUAUCAGUUAAUGACCUCAUUUAGAAAAAGGGCUUUAUCUCAGGAAAAAGGUAACUGCACCAAGAUUUUGCAGCAAUGCCACUUCCUGAGGAUUGUGACAAUGAAUGCCCUUUAUAGAGUAUUUAACUUUGCAGCAGUCUGUCAUGCAGAGCAUGCAUGAGUUUUAACUAAUGUAGCCUGAAAGCCGAGGUGAAAACUGUCAUUUUAAAAACUGGACACGAUUUUUUAUCUAAACUUUUUCACAACAAUAGCCUCCUUUGUCUCCAUGAAGGAUGUAAAACUGAGUUUUAUGGUCACUUGGAGAAAAUAAGAAGUGAGGAGGAAGGUUUUUUUGUCACAUACCUUGUUUUAACAUUCAGGCUUUGUUCCUUUUAUCUCAGAAGUCAGAACUUGGAGCAGGUUUGACGUCACAUCCAAAGUAGUAGUGUUGCAGUUGCCAUUGACGAAGAAGUUGGGAUUUCAAAAUGGCGGCGUCCGUGUGGACAGUACCUGUUUCAAACAUCAUUUUAAUCUUUAGUUUCCACAGGCAAACACCACUUUCAACAUAUUCAGUUUACAUUUGCAAGCACUACAUGGAACAUUGAUUUUAGAUGCACUCUUACAUGCGUGUGUUGUAAAAUAAACAUUUUCCACCACAUCUUA